UCGGGGGUGGAUUUUCCCGUUCCCAAAGCCCCCAUUAAAUGGACGGGAGGGAUGCGUUGGCAGCACAAAAGGGGGUCUAAGUAGUGAGAAUAUUCGACAACGACGCCAUGCGGACUUCAGUACAAGCGCAGGGAUCCUCCGUGAAGGGACUGCACUGAGUCCUACCCAAUACGGGGGAUAAUAUCCCACUAUGCCAGGCGGCGAGGGGUCAAAUUCCCCGAUAAAUUUUAACGAUGUUGCAACGGAUUUGACAAAAUCAAUUAUCAGUGAUGACAAUUGUGGAACAAGGUGUGAGGAGAGUGAGGGUGAUGCUAUGACAAUUGGUGAUGGUGUUAGGAGGAGAAAGGUCAUACGGGCGGCUAAGGAGACAUUCGAUAAGGCAUCCAGACUUUUGAGACGUAAAAUACCAUGUACUGGCCAUCUGAUGACCCCCCGCCGCCUCUGGAUCCAAAAGGUUCCAACUCAAGAGUGCGACGUUAUUGUAAUGUUUCCAAGCGGCGCCAGUGAUGAAACAUUAAUGUGGCUACUUGGAAGACUGCGAGCAGGUACACCAGGUCUCGUAGUUCAUGUUCGUCAUCAUGCGUCUUCGGACAGUUACGGAUUCUACCUCACAGCACCUUUCCCAAUACUCCUCAAAGCAGCCGAAGAGAUGCACCUUCCAAAAGCUCUCCGGCAAGAGUAUGGCGGAGGUCUGAAAGAAUUUGUAUGCACUGAGACAAAUUGCUUCGAGGGCAGUGACGAGGAGACACAGUUCUUCACAACCCAAGAGAGACAAUCUCUCGUGCUUCAUCUCCUCCAUACAUUACGAGCAGGUCAGCAGGACCUGAAGAGUCUUCCGGGUAUAAAGUUAGUGGAAGGACAGGCCAUUAUCCCCAAGUGCAUUUCCGCUGGUGUCAUCUCCCAGGUAUUUCCUCUCCACGAGCUACCAGCACUCGAGAAGCUUCAGAAAAGCUGGGUACGAGCAUUCUUCAGCCCUCAGCCCCUUAACGACAUCUGUAAUUACUUUGGUGUUAAGAUAACAAUGUACUUUGCAUGGUUAGGACAUUAUACCACCGCCCUCGUCGUUCCUGCUGCAGUGGGUGUCAUAUUCUGGGUCGGCAUCAUCGGAAGGAACCAGGCGGUGGAGGACGUUGCCUAUGUCCUGUUCUCCAUCCUCAAUGUCAUUUGGGCAACAGCAUAUCUCGAAACAUGGAAGCGCAAGGGCGCCGAGCUGGCUUACAAGUGGGGCACACUAGAUCAGAGGGAUGAUCUCUUAGUAGAGCCUAGACCACUCUUUGUGGGAACGCUACAAGUAUCUCCAGUAACUGGAAGACUCGAACCUACCUAUCCAAACUGGAAAAGAAAUGCCAUCCGUUAUUGCAUAACUGUUCCUGUCAUCGCAGUUUCUCUUUUUUUCGUCUUCAUUGUAAUGAUUCUCAGUUUUCAAAUACAGGACUGGUGGGACGCUCGACUGGAAGCAGCGGGCUAUGGUUUUUGGUUAAGUUACGUGCCAAAAGUUCUGUUAGCAGUGGUGAUUGCAGUGAUGGAUGAAGCGUACUUCAAAAUAGCUGUUUGGCUCAAUGAUUUGGAAAACUAUCGUCUUGACACCGAGUACGAGAAUCAUCUGAUCUACAAGGUGGCACUGUUUCAGUUCGUCAACUCAUUUUUAUCGCUCUUUUACAUCGCAUUUUAUCUUCAAGAUCAAGAAAGAUUGAAAGAGCAACUAGCAGCAUUAUUGAUAGCUCGUCAAGUGAUAAGUAACCUGAAAGAAUCAGCAAUUCCUUACCUCAUUGAGCAACUCCGUCUUGCUCGUAUGAGUUUCGAACUCUUUGGGGCUUUAAGCCCUAGUGAAGCACGAGCACCUCCAGGCACAGCUGAGGAACAAUCUAAACAAUCGGAAAAACAGCCUGAGGAAAUCGAUGAAAAAGAUGGCAAAGAAGGACAGAGGGCAAAACAACAGAGGACAAUUAGUCAAGCGGAGCUUGAAAGUUCUCUCUACAGAGUAGGACAUCCUGCUAAUUCUCUACUUAGUGACGUUACCUUCAAGAUACACUUUAGCAAAAAGUAUGACGGAGCGUUCUCAGAGCAUUUGGAGAUGCUGUCACAGCUGGGAUAUGUUUGUUUGUUUUCAUCUGCCUUUCCACUCGCUGCGAUGGCUGCUCUUUUGGGUAAUCUUCUGGAACUUAGAGGGGACGCUUUCAAGUUAUGUUUUGUUUUGCAACGACCUUUUGGCAGACGAGUUUCUAGCAUCGGUACCUGGCAGAAUGCAAUGGAAGCAAUGGGACUCGUCGCAAUACUCGUCAACUGCGCUCUCAUUGGUCUCAGUGGUCAAGUGCAGCGCAUGUUUCCAGAAAUGUCAGUGCCACAGACAAUCCUUUUAAUAGUCGCUCUUGAGCACAUAAUGAUGGCUAUACGCUUCAUAAUUACCAUCAUCAUUCCUGACAUUCCUACGUGGGUGGCAACCGAAAUGGCUAAAGUUGAAUUUCUCCGGAGAGAAGCAGUUCGACGCCUCUCGUCAACGCCAUCCCCAGAGCAAACGCAAACGGUUAUAGGGAGGUUCGUGGUGAGUACAGCAGGCGGUGAAAGUGACGAGGGGAUAUCAGCCCUAGAGAAGACCAUCAAUACGAUGAAUGAUGCCCCAGAUGCUCCGACCUCAUCGACAGGACACACCCCAAGUAGUCCGCCAACUCCAGCGGCAUACGGUCAAGUCCCAAGGAUCGCGGAGACUCCACCACAACUGGAAACACCAGGAAGCGUCACGAGCGACGGUAGCAGUACAUUUUUACCCGGUUACACCGUCGGAAGUCGAGAUUCCCAUAACACUCCACGUUGCUCCAUUCCAGGUGGUGAAAAAGACCCUUUUGUUGUCUCAGGGCGACGAUCCACAGACUGGUUAUCAAGCGACCAAGAAUCAUCACCUGGGAUUGAUCAGUACAGUCAUCACCUCACUAUAGGUCCUCACGGAGGGAUAGAAUGGGUCCGUCGACUCGGUUUGGAGAGUUCGGGGGGAAGAAAGUCCAGUGAUUCGGAAAUCGGCACUACACCGGGGAGCGGAAGCCCUGGACCCACCACUGAGGACAUCUCACUUCAUCGAUCCACUGACUGCAUUGUCUCAAAAGAACUUGCAUCAUCGUCGGAUAGUGAUUUAUUACGAUCUGCCCCACCAUGGUCCUUGACCAACCGUCCCCAAAAGUUCCGCUUUUCCCCGGAGAAAGAAACAGCAAAAAUUCGCGAAAAACCCGAACGACAAAUAAUCCAACAAAUUCCUCAAUUCCAGCAGCACCAUCGCGUGCCUAAAGAACCCCAACCCGAGCCCCAUGAUCGUCGUUCCUUUGGGCAAGUCGAUGCAGGUGGCCUCUCCGACUCCAGCCGAACUCUUUCUAGCCAAGAGGAAGACAAACCCUCAAAAGAGGAACGUGAAGCCAAGAAAACACGUGUGAAGCAGAGCCUAAUGAAGCGCGCCCGCUCAGUCGCAAUAUUCUCUCUAAAAUUGAAGGAACGUCGAGCCCGAGAGGCAGAAGUCAAGGCAAAAGAGGCUGAACGCGAGGCCCGUUGGCAGCAACCGCAGUCCUGCGUAGGUGGAGAGCUCUCCUGCAUUCCCAUCGAACAACUGAUAUCGGUUGAUGAUAUCGCCGCUAUGGAGGGCCGCAGAAUGAAUCAUUAGUCACCAUAAAUCAAUGCACAUGUAUACCAAAGUACAACUAAUUAAUUUCUGUCGCUACUUAGAGUAAUGGGGAAGGAGAUAACGGAAACCUGAAACAAUAGUUUUGGUAGUGAAGUUUCAAGAGGAGAUUAAUCACUCGAAUUGAUAGUGAUUUGUUUUCGUUUCUUGAUUUCCGCGAGAUAAUCGCAGAAUUCAUCUGGAUAUUAUCUUUACAAUACUUUUGGAGCUGUUGAGUUUUGAGGAAAAAUCAAGAGCUUUGUUUUUAUCAAUUUUGUGAAUUACAAAGAAAAUUGCGACAGUAGGAAAUAUUAGUAAAGUGACUUUCCCUUAUCACUUUCCUACUAAUUUAUUUUGAAGCGAUGGACUUGGACGAAAUUUUAUCAUUAUACGACGCACAAUGAAACCAGACAUCGAGAGGAUAGCCCAUUGUAUGAAGAAUUCCCGAGGAAUUGAGAAACAUGCCUUCACAUCCAUCCACAACGCAACCAAUAAAACCAUGGCAAAAUAAUGUAGGAAAUAACAUAAAAUCGUACAUUUCCCUCAGCGUCAUUAAAUCACUUCAUCCUGGUCAAUUUGAGAUGGAGUGGGUUCACAACUAUUUUGAAAAACGGGAAAGAGACGAGAAGCCACGGAUGACGUUGAUAACUCGUAGUAACUAGAAGCUAGAUAGUUAAUGCUAAUUAGGUUUACAAACGUCCCCAGAUUGAGAAUUUUUGUAAAGGUAGCUCACCCGAGUGAUGAAAAAUAACUCUCAACUUGGAAAAUUAUUGACAAAAUCGAAAAAACCAAUUGAUACGAAAAGAGAGCAUUUCUGUACCGAAAUAAUGAGAGAAAAUGAGUCUACAAAUCUCAUCUAGACUAUUGUACAAAUAUUUCAGCAACAGUUUACAUUGAUUUUUCAGACUUCUUCUCUCAUAAUUUUUCUACAGUUAUUAUUGUUGUUAUUGUUGUUAAUGCUGAUGUAUAAGUUGUUACUUGCUGUUAAAUAGAGGCUACAAAUUUUUAGAUAAUAAAAAAAAACAUCACGAAGACACCUGGUAGAGUAAGAAGAUCAACUUCACAAGUCUUUGACUUCAGAAAAUUAAAAGCGAAAAAGUUAUGUAAAUAUUUUCAGUAACAAAUCACGCUGUAGACAUGAUAUCAACUAUACUUGGCCUAACGUUUCAUUGUGGAAAUAUGAAUAGUCAGCGUUCGGCCAAAUAAAAACGCUUACGUGUCUGUUUUACUCUGAUAGGUUUCUUCCACCAUUGUAAAUUGAAAUUUUCCUUCGAGAAUAAUAAUAAUAAUAAAAAAAAAAUAAAAAAAAAAACGUUUGUUCAUGGAAUUAUGAUAAUUUCAUUGAGACAAGGCAUGCCCAACGAUUGUGUAUGUAAACGUUUUGUAUAAACCAAUGGGAGGGAGCCUAGAUAGAAGAUAAAGUGAAUCUCUAAUUGGUGGAAUUGA